UCUUAACCACUGUGCCACCAGGGAAGUCCCCCCUUCGCUCUUCUGAGCCCCAGUUCUUCAUCUGCAGAAUGUGCCCACACUACCUCCUGUAUGGAACUGUUGAGGACUUAGUGAGAAGAUUUGCCCAAGAGCACAAAGUGUGUGGGCUGGGAUGGUGAGGUACGCUGUCCCUCUCUCAACACGCUAGGGCCCCACUGCUCUGUACCUUUAGCCCAGCCCCCCUCCACAGUUCAGAGCUGCCCUGGCCACCCAAGAAACACUCCUGUAUUGGCUGGAAACAGCCUGUGCUCGAGAAUCUUGUUCUCUAUGUCCUCCCAAUUCUAGAAUCCUACGGCUAUUCCAGACUGUGCGCUCCAGAACCAGAGGGGUGGGCUGCUCCUCCUGGGCAGUGUCCGCUUGCUCAAGCUGUACCAGCUGCCUUGAGUCUGUGCUGCCACCAGGAUGCGGUGGCGGGACCGCGUGGCCGUGCUCUUCUUCCCACAAGGCAUGAUUCUCACCAUGGCUGCUCUGAUGCUCUUCUUCAUACACCUGACCGUCUUCGCCAGCGACGUGCACAACUUCUGUAUCACCCACCACUAUGACCGCAUGAGCUUCCGCUACACAGUUGUCCUGAUGUUCUCCCAGGUGAUCGGCAUCUGCUGGGCCGCCAUGGGGUCACUCUACGCUGAGAUGACACAUGACAAGUUUCAUCGAUGCUUUUCCCUGACCGUCCUGAUGCUCAACGGAGCCAUGUUCUUCAACCGCCUGUCCCUGGAGUUUCUGGCCAUAGAGUACCGGGAAGAGAACCACUGAGGCUUGGGGCCCAGGCUGAGAAGGGGGAAGGAAAAGGCUGCUUCGGGUGUUUUAAUAAAGUCUGUCAUUUAUUUCCA